CUAGCACCACUAAAUAAAAAAGUAAGAGCUCAAGACCCGGAAUUUCACUACCGUACCGUAUUCGCAUUGCGACUCCCCCGGAACAGAAUGAUCCUUUCCUUCCCUCAUCAACUGAUGGUGAGACCUUACACAAUUUAACUACUAUACAGAAAUUAACUAUGAGUGGGAGGGUGGUGCGUGAAAAUAUGAACGAACAAUCCAAUCCAAUUAAAUUAUAUAAUUAAAAUAUCAUUUCCAAUUUUCACCUCUUCUUCUUUCUCUCUUUCUUUUGAUCUGUUUUAAUUUAAUUCAAUUCAAUUCAAUUGAUCUCAUACUAACUCAAUCACAUCACUAAUCUAUAACAAUGGCUCGUCAAUUCUUCGUCGGUGGUAACUUCAAAAUGAAUGGUACCAAGGAAUCCCUUACUUCUAUCAUUGAUAAUUUAAAUAAAGCUGAAUUACCUUCAAAUGUUGAAGUUGUUAUUGCUCCUCCUGCUCCUUAUUUAAGUUUAGCCGUUGCUGAAAAUAAACAAAAAACAGUAUUUAUUUCAUCUCAAAAUGUCUUUAAUAAAGCUUCUGGUGCUUAUACUGGUGAAAUUUCUCCUCAACAAUUAAAAGAUUUAGGAGUUCAUUGGACUUUAACUGGUCAUUCUGAAAGAAGAACCAUCAUUAAAGAAUCUGAUGAAUUCAUUGCUGAAAAAACCAAAUUUGCUUUAGAUUCUGGUGUUUCUGUUAUUUUAUGUAUUGGUGAAACUUUAGAAGAAAGACAAGGUGGUAUUACUUUAGAAGUUACUGCUAGACAAUUAGAUGCUGUUUCUAAAAUUGUUUCUGAUUGGACUAAUAUUGUCGUAGCUUAUGAACCAGUUUGGGCCAUUGGUACUGGUUUAGCUGCCACUGCUCAAGAUGCUCAAGAUACUCAUAAAGGUAUUAGAGAACAUUUAGUUAAAACUAUUGGUGCUGAACAAGCUGGUAAAGUUAGAAUUUUAUAUGGUGGUUCAGUUAAUGGUAAGAAUGCUCCAGAUUUCAAAGAUAAAGUUGAUGUUGAUGGUUUCUUAGUUGGUGGUGCCUCUUUAAAACCAGAAUUUGUUGACAUUAUUAAAUCAAGAUUAUAAAUAAUUUAACGUU